GCUGGGGGCCCGUCGUGCUUUGCCCGUCCCAGUAUCCAUCCCCGUUCCCAUCCCUAUUCCGGCCCCGCGUCACCUCGGCGAUUCUGGUUCUCCUACUCAGACGCUGAGUCACACAGCCUGUGGAAGGGCAGCAGCCGGACGGAGCCGCCUGAGGCUCCAGGAAGAUGCAGUUCCUGGGGCGACUGGUGAACACCAUCAACAGCGUCACGCAGAUAUUCAGUAACCCGUACCGGGUGAAGGAGGUGCCGGCCGCAGAGUAUGCCGGUCACGCCUGCCUGCGGGAGGAGGGCAGGGUGGCCCUGUACAAGAACAACAUCGCUCGCUCCUGGGACUGUCUCCUGGUGAAUCCACAGAACCCGCAGGUCGCUUUUCGGCUUUUCCAGCUGGACAACGAAGCAGACGCCCUGGUGCUCUUUGAGCAAUAUGCCCGGCAGCUGCGCCCUUUCUACGAGAGCUCAUGCCAGCCCUUGUCCCUGGAGGAGCUCCAGCAGCUCAGCGACCUCCUCCGCAGCCACCCCAGCUGGUCCGCGGCACAUGUCGCUGUGGAGUUCGGCCGCCGGGAGAGCUUCCGGCACAACCAUAUCCUGAGCUGUGUGAACAGCACGGACAGCGAGGAUGGCUGCACCCCGCUGCACCUGGCGUGCCGCAAGGGAGACAUGGAGUGUCUGCUGGAGCUGCUGGAGUGCCACGCGCGGGUGGACAUUACCGACAGGAACGGGGAGACUGUUUUCCACUACGCUGUGCGAGGGAGCAACCCCCAGAUCAUUGAGCUCCUGGGCAGAACCCCAACUACUGGCUUGGACCACCUGAACCAUGAGGGGCUGACCGCUCUGCACCUCGCGUGCCAGUUGGGCAAAGAGGACAUGGUGCGGUCCCUGCUGAAAUGCCGUGCCAGCUGCAGCGUUGUGGGCAUGCUGGGAUACCCCAUCCACACAGCACUCAAGUUCUCCCACAAGGGGUGUGCCCAGGCCAUCCUCGAGGUAGAUGCCAGCCAGGUUUGCUCCAAGGACCCACGCUAUGAAGCUACUCCACUGCACUGGGCGAAGAAGGCAGAGAUGACACGGCUGCUGCUGGAGUACGGCUCCCAGGUGAACGUGACCAGCCGGACGGCUGACAUGGCUCUGCACAUCGCGGUGCAGAGGGGACGCUUUGACUGUGCCAUGGUCCUGCUGACACACGGCGCCCACACCAACGCCCGCGGUCAGGAUGGCAACACACCCCUGCACCUGGCCAUGAAGCAUGACCACCUGGAUAUGAUCAAAGCGAUCGUCGUGUUUGGAGGAGAUAUCGAGAUCCCCAAUGAUUUUGGGGAGACACCAGGACUGUUGGCAGCCAGGAGCAGCAAAGGGUAUCAGGACAUUCUGUAUGUUUCCACAACUCUCGGACAGUUGUUGAAGGCACCAGAUGUUGUGGACAUGCCCAGUGAAGAUAGAAGAAAUCAGGACCGCCUCCUGUGCUUGGAUGGAGGGGGCAUCCGGGGCCUCGUGCUCAUCCAGCUCCUCCUGGCUAUCGAAAAAGCUGCGGGCCGUCCCAUUCGUGAGAUUUUUGACUGGGUCGCAGGGACCAGCACUGGCGGGAUCUUGGCCUUGGCUAUUGUACAUGGGAAGUCCAUGGACUACAUGCGCUGCCUGUACUUCCGCAUGAAGGACAUGGUGUUCCGGGGGUCUCGGCCCUACGAGUCAGAGCCCCUGGAUGAGUUCUUGAAGAAGGAAUUUGGGGAAAACACCAAAAUGACAGAUGUCCGAAAACCCAAGGUUAUGGUAACCGGGACGUUGUGUGACCGACAGCCAGCUGAGCUCCACCUUUUCCGGAAUUACCCUGUACCAGAGACAAAAACCUCCACUGAAUACAAGACAAGUGCAUCUUUCAAACCACUCACUCGGCCAGAAGACCAGCUGGUGUGGCGCGCUGCCCGCUGUAGCGGUGCGGCUCCCACUUAUUUCCGGCCGAUCGGCCGCUUCCUGGAUGGAGGGCUGCUGGCCAACAACCCGACCCUCGACGCCAUGGCGGAGAUCCACGAGUACAAUAAGACGCUCAUCAAAAAGGGUCGGAGGCAGGAAGUAAGAAAAUUGGGGUUGGUGGUCUCCCUGGGGACAGGGAAGCCUCCGCAGGUCCCAGUGAGCUCUGUGGAUGUUUUCCGCCCCUCCAACCCUUGGGAGCUGGCGAAGACUGUCUUUGGGGCCAGGGAACUUGGCAAGAUGGUGGUGGAUUGUUGCACUGACGCAGAUGGCCCAGCUGUGGAUCGUGCCAGGGCCUGGUGUGAGAUGACGGAUGUCCCAUAUUUCCGGCUCAGCCCUCAGCUGCACACGGAGGUGAUGCUGGACGAGGUGAAUGACACAGUGCUGGUGAACGCUCUCUGGGACACCCAGCUGUACAUCUACCAGCACCGGGAGCAGUUCGAGCAGCUGGUGCAACAUCUCUGCCGAUGACUGACCUGGAGGUUCCCAUUCUGCAUGCCAAAGGCAAGGAGCAGCAGACACUGAAAUGGCUCAGAUUUGCCCUUCAACCAAGGUGUUGAGCUGGGGGAAGGACUAGUGAUAAUUAUGAGGAACUAAUAAUAUUUAAUAGACAACAGUGCACAUACACACGUAUUCCCGGAUAGCUAUGAAAUGCUGACAGUUAUCCUUGUUCUGUAGCCCUGUUUCUGCUGCUGUGCUUGGUUUUGCUGCCUUGCUGUCUGACUCAGAAUCCAGAGCCCCCGCCUACCUGUCUUGAGCUGUAGCAGCUGGAAUGUCUCCUGUCUGUGCAGUACCUCCACUGACAAAGCACUGUGCACCUUCCCACGUCACAGAACGGGCUAAGACCUGAUAACAGUUUCAGGGAUUGCUUGGCCCACUGGGGCCAAGUUAUUUCGGAGCGUAUAGUAUGGGAAAAAGGGAUUAUUUUUCCUUCAACACACCCAGUUUGAAGGGGAGCAGAAAUGCUUCAACUUUUUGGAGUAGAUAUGACACAGAAUGUUGCAGCUGGCCUUGGGAGAAGGGCAAACCUUUCCUGAGACAGGUUUUCUGUAGCAGCUUCUUUCCCCUCUGAGAUGGGCUGGCAACACAGGUACUGACUGUGCCUAGGGUGGGAGCAGACCCCUCCCAUUCAGGGCUUUUUGUGCCACCUGAUUUGCUGUGCUGCUCUUUGCUCAAGGCUGAGAUGUGAAAGCCUGACUUUACUCGCAGCAAACUCAGGGUAAGGGACAAGAGCCUUGGCUUAGUAGAGAGGUCGUUUAUCUUAAUAUGGAAUUGAAAUACUCUGAGAUCGGUUCCCUCUAAAGAAGCUGACCCUGUGACAAUUUGGGUUUACUUUUUUUUACUACUGGAAAUUUCACUGUGACUGCUAUACUAGUCAUUGUUUCUGUCGUAAAUUUUGCAUAUUUAUAAAUAACUUCUGUAUGUAUUUGGAUGCGUUUUGAGGAGUACCCCAAAAAACUGAAUUUUUAAUCCUUUGCUUUUGACUGAAUGGACUGCUGUUGCCAACAGGGCUUCUGUGAAAAACUGACAUGACCUGAAAUAAAGAGGGAUUUGCAUUUGUUUCUGA